AUGAAGGUCGUCCCCGUCCCCGUCCGCGAUGACAACUACGCCUACCUCCUCAUCGACGACGCCACCAACAAAGCCGCCGCCGUCGACCCCUAUGACGUACCCAAGGUCGCUGCAGCGGCAGCUACUCAUGGAGUUGAGAUCGUAGCUGGCAUCACCACCCAUCACCAUUACGACCACAGUGGAGGGAACAAGGAAUUUUCCAAGAAGUACCCAAACGCACCCAUCUACGGCGGAAGUGACAAGAUUCCUGCAUUGACUAAGCUUGUCAAGGACAAGGACAUCUUCUCUAUAGGAGAAAACAUUCACGUCAAAUGCUUGGCGACUCCCUGCCAUACCCAAGACUCCAUUUGCUACUACGCCACCGAUACAGUCGAAAAGGACCGCCCCGGAGGCGCAUUCACAGGAGACACGCUGUUCAUUGCAGGUUGCGGUCGUUUCUUUGAGGGUGUCGGAUCAGAGAUGGUCGCUGCCUUGGAAUACCUGGGUUCUCUCCCAGACGACACGGUCGUUUACAAUGGUCAUGAGUACACUGCAGGCAGCCUUGCCUUUGGAAAGCAUGUCGAUCCUACAAACCCUGGACUUGCAAGGCUUGCCGACAUCGUGAAAGUGAACAAGAUCACGACUGGCCUCACUACCAUCGGUGACGAAAAGGAUUGGAAUGUUUUCAUGCGAUUGGGAAGUGAGCCCGUAAAGAAGGCAACUGGUGCCUCUGCUGACACUCUGAAGAGUGCCAUCAUGGAUUCGUUGCGAGAGCAAAAGAACAAUUUCCGGGGCACAAUCAGACCAAUGUUGUAA